AUGGGGUUCGCUUUUCGGGUGGCUUGGAAUUAUCUUUCACUUGUUCUUGCUUACCGAAUGUGCCGUGAGAAGGCAGUUAGAGGAACUACGAGGAACAACGACGACGACAUGGUGCCAUCUUCUCCCGUCCAAUUACAACUUCAAGAUAGCCACGUGGUGGUGGACAAUGGCAUAGUUCGGUUAACUUUCUCGAGGCCGGAGGGUAUGGUCACAGGGAUACAGUACAAAGAAAUAGACAAUUUAUUGGAAGACAGUAAUACAGAAACAGACAGAGGGUAUUGGAAUCUCGUUUAUACCUGGCCACCAGAGCAUCCCAACGACAUUUUUGACAAGGUAGAAGGCACGACGUUCAAUGUUAUAAUGGAAGAUGAAGAUCAAAUAGAGCUUUCAUUUACUAAAACAUGGGACCCUUCCCUCAAUGAUACCGGACUUCCCCUCAAUAUAGACAAAAGGUUUAUAGUGUUGCGUGGGUCUCCAGGGUUCUACUCAUAUGCAAUAUUUGAGCGCUUAGAGGGAUGGCCUGACAUAAAUAUGUACGAAGGGAGGAUUGUAUUCAAGCUCAAAGAAAACAUGUUUCAGUUCAUGGCUAUAUCGGAUGAAAGGCAAAGGAUAAUGCCAAUGUACAAAGACCGUCAAACAGGUCAGGUCCUCGACUACAAAGAAGCUGUUUUACUAACAAAUCCAGAAAAUCCAUUCCUCAAAGGAGAGGUGGACGACAAGUACCAAUACUCGAGUGAUAACAAGGAUAGUCGGGUUCACGGGUGGAUAUGCUCCGACCCAUCCAUAGGAUUUUGGAUGAUAACAGCGAGUAAUGAGUUCCGCACUGCUGGGCCAGUCAAGCAAGACCUCACUUCUCACACCGGCCCAUAUACAAUUUUUGUAAGUACACAUAUGACCAAGCUCUUCCACCAUCGAUAUCUAGGCUAG